AUGGCGGCGCCCGGGGCCGGCGGCGCUCCGCUGUCGGCUCCCGGUCCCGGGGAGGCUCCGGUGUCGGUGCCCGGGUCCGGGAGGGCUCCGGUGUCAGUUCCCGGGGGCGAGAGGGCUCCGGUGUCGGUGCCCGGGUCCGGGGGGGCUCCGGUGUCGGCGCCUGGGUCCGUGGAGGCUGAGGUGUCGGCGCCCGAGGGUGAAGGGGCUCCGGUGUCGGUGCCCGGUCCCGGGGGGGCUCCGGUGUCAGUUCCCGGGGGCGAGAGGGCUCCGGUGUCGGUGCCCGGUCCCGGCGGGGCUCUGGUGUCGGCGCCCGGGUCCGGGGGGGCUCCGGUGUCGGUGCCCGAGGGCGGGGAGGCUGCGGUGUCGGUGCCUGGUUCGGGGGGGGCUCUGGUGUCGGCUCCCGGGUCCGUGGAGGCUGAGGUGUCGGCGCCCGAGGGUGAAGGGGCUCCGGUGUCGGCUCCCGGUCCCGGGGGGGCUCCGGUGUCAGUUCCCGAGGGCGGGGAGGCUCCGGUGUCGGUGCCCGAGGGCGGGGAGGCUCCGGUGUCGGUGCCCGGGUCCGGGGGGGCUCCGCUGUCGGCUCCCGGUCCCGGCGGGGCUCCGCUGUCGUCCCCUGGCGCUGCGCCCUACGGCAACUUCCCGAACUACUCUCGGUUCCACCCCCCCGAGGAGCGGCUCCGGCUGCUGCCCCCCGGGCUCCUGCGCAGCCUCCUCCCCGCCGGGCCGCGGCCGCUGCUGGCGCUCGACGUGGGCUGCAACUCGGGGGAGCUGAGCGUGGCUCUCUACCGCCACCUGCUGGACCUGCCGGAGGGAGCAGCCGGCCCGGCGCAGCCCCCGGCCGCCGGCGGCGAGCUGCAGCUGCUGGGCUGCGACAUCGACCCGGGGCUGGUGGCCCGGGCGCAGCGGGGCAGCCCUUUCCCCGGCUCCAUCUCCUUCGCCACCCUGGACAUCAUGGAGCCGGGCGCCCGGGCGGCGCUGCUGGGCCCCUUCCUGCGCCGCUUCGGCCGCUCGGCCUUCGACGUCGGCUUCUGCAUGUCCCUGACCAUGUGGAUCCACCUGCGGCACGGGGACGGGGGUCUGCGGCGCCUGCUGGCCCUGCUGGCCUCCCUCUGCUCGCUGCUGCUGGUGGAGCCCCAGCCCUGGCGCUGCUACCGGGCGGCGGCGCGGCGGCUGCGGCGGCUGGGGGGCGCCGGGCUGCGGCCCCCAGGCUCCCUGCGCAUCCGCGGGGACAUGGCCCAGGAGGUGGCUGCCAUCCUCACCCGGGACUGCUCCAUGCAGCUGCUGGCCUGCUUCGGCCCCACCAGCUGGCACAGGAGCCUCCUGCUCUUCAAAGCCGACAGGCAGGAGGCUGGCUGA